CUCUCUCCGAAGGAAACGUCAGCCUGGGCCGCGAACAUGCCCUUACAGAACCGAGGGUUUGAGGGUCCCAUGAGCCAGUGGCGGCCCCCGCAGCGUUUUUCAUCUGCAGGCCGGGUGUUGUGACCGCGUCUGGAGUGGCAUCCCUUUCCGGAGAAGGCGGAGGGGCACUGGCUGCUGCACUUGCUCCAGACUUGGCGGUGGGGCUGCCGGCCCCUUUCUCCUCCUCUGGUGCUCCGAGACUCUGGUUUAUUUGUGCAGAUUAAUGGAAUGAUGGUGCGGGAAGGGCAGAGCGAUCCUGCCGGGCUCAGCGGGGACUCCUCAGGAGGCAGCUGGAAGGGGAGUGGUGGCAGAAGUGGGGUCCCCAGAGGCAUGCGUGUGCCCCUCCGGCACCAUGGCUAGUGGCGGCUCUGGCAAGUCCACUACUGAGGCAUCCACCCCCAGUGGCAGCGCUUUGCCAAGGAAGAAGCUGGUUGCCACCUGUGACCUCUGCAAGAUCAAGAUGCAGCUGGUAGCAGAUUUACUGCUGCUCUCCAGUGAGAGCCGGCCUGUCCACACCGAGAGCUUCUCUCUCUUUGGAGAAUCCUUUGAAAAGUGCAGGGACACCAUCAUUGCCCGGACCAAAGGCCUGUCCAUUUUGACCCAUGAUGUCCAGAGUCAACUCAACAUGGGCCGUUUCGCGGAGGUGGGGGAAAUCCUGGGGGAGAUGGGCGACUUGGUUGUCUCCUUGACGGAGUGUUCGGCCCACGCCGCUUACCUGGCUGCGGUGGAGACCCCCGGGGCUCAGCCGGCCUCUCCCGGCUUGGUGGAUCGCUACAAGGUGACCCGGUGUAAGCACGAGGUGGAACACGGGUGUGGGAUCUUGAAGACCACCCCUCUGGCUGACCUCAGCCCUCAGCUCCUUUUGGAGGUCUCUCAGAACAUGUCCAAGAACUUGAAGUUCCUGACUGACGCCUGCGUCCUGGCCAGCGAGAAGUCCAAGGAGAAGUUUGCCAAGGAGCAGUUCAAGCUGAGCGUGAAAUGCAUGAGCACCAGUGCCUCUGCCCUCCUGGCCUGUGUCCGGGAGGUCAAGACUUCCCCCAGUGAGCUGACGCGCAACCGGUGCGUCUUGUUUAGCGGACCUUUGGUGCAGUCCGUUUGCGCGCUGGUGGGCUUUGCCACAGAGCCCCAGUUUUUGGGCAAAGCGGCCACCAUCCACCCAGAGGGCAAAGCUGUGCAGACGGCCAUUUUGGGCGGUGCCAUGAGCGUCGUCUCGGCUUGCGUGCUCCUCACUCAAUGCCUCAGGGAUAUAGCCCAACACGCCGACAGUAGCGCCCGGAUGACUGAAUAUAGGGAAAGGUUGAGGAACUCGGCGUGUGCCGUCUCCGAUGGCUGCAACCUGUUGUCUCAGGCCCUACGGGAACGCUCGUCACCCCGGACUUUACCGCCAGCAAAUGCAAAUUCUGUGAAUUAAUCUAUUUGGUUUUAGAUUGCAUGGCCGCCUCUAACGGAAAGACACAACGUCCCUUCUCCUGCCCCGGAUUUUGUUUUCGUAUACCAAAGAAUUUGUGUAGAGCAGUCCUUUCAUUCUCAUUGUUACGGCUAAAAUAACAGUAUGGCGAGGCAGCGGAACCAUGCUUGUUUAGCUUACGUGUCAUAAUCAGCAUGGAUGUCUGUUAUCUGGGGAGGGAAUGGGACACACAUUUCCCCCCUCCCCCCAAUCUUUAAAUCCUCCAGGCAACCUUACAUUUAAUCAUGGAACCGGAGGAGACAAGCCUACUAAGUAGGAGGUGAGCCUGUAGAAUUCUAUGCAGGCAAGUGAGCAGAGGAAAUAUGCAGUCCUCAUUUCCUUCCUUAUGCUGGGCACAAAAUCAAGGCCAGUUGCUGCGAGGACAAGGGCCUCUUCAGCAUCUCCUGCUAAAGGGUUUAAGUUCCCUGUCUUUCUAUUGCUGGCUGCCAGCAGGCUACUAGAAUAUUGCCCAGGCUAGUAAAUUGGGCUGUGGGGGGAAUUAUUCCUAAGGCUGCAUCCAAGCUGAUUUCUCCUUUAGAGCUUCUUUCUGUAGCUGAAGCCUGUGUCCAAGCAAAGGGUUACAUCGGCCCUUGGAAAGGUUUACUGAUGGGGUCCAAGCUUUAAUCGUGCUGGAUACGAUUUUAAAAUGUCAGGAGAUGGGGUUUGGUGGGAGGAGGGUGGUUCUUUCAAAAUCUAGAUCUUAUUGUUUAGGUGGGCAGGAAAAAGAGGAGGAAGAAGAAGUUACCUCAGUUUUCAUACGCUCGGGAAGAAAGAAAACUUUAAGGAUGGAUGUAGCUACGAUUUCGUUUUGUUUUGUAUGGUUACUUUUGAAUCAAGUGAUUGGUUAGAAGUGCAGUUGCAGGGAAAGCAACAAGGCUGGCUGUCGUUUUCCAAUGGGGAGAGUGGGGGAGCUGCUGUGAGUGUGUUAAAAUAGGGGUUGGGUAAAUUACACUAUAACAUGAGUGAUUUUGAUUUUUAAUUAUUUUUUCAGUGUUUUUUUUUAAUCUUGCAUGUACUGGAGUAUUUAUUUCAUCUAUUAAAAUGUUGUUUCUCA